AUGUCUCCGGUCGUACUUAUUCGUGGGGUUGCCGGUUGCUGGUCGCCRGUCGGUAGUCGCCGGUCGCCGCAACUGCCAAACAGCCCCUUACCAAAUCUUGUAUCAUCGUUCGUUGACACUUUCGUUGACUUCUCCGUCACCGGAAUCUUUUUACCGAACCCACCAUCUCCUCCUUUUUCUAAAACCUCCUACCCUUCCCAUGAUCGUUUGAUAGCCGUCGGCGAUCUCCAUGGCGACCUCCUUAAAUCCAAACAAGCCCUUCGUCUCGCUGGCCUCAUCGACUCACAAGACCGGUGGUCCGGUGGCUCCUCCACCCUGGUACAAGUAGGCGACGUCCUUGACCGUGGUGGGCAAGAACUCAAAAUCCUUUACUUCCUCGAGAAACUGAAACGACAGGCGGUUAAGGUCGGCGGUAAUGUCAUCACUAUGAACGGCAAUCACGAAAUCAUGAAUAUUGAUCGCAAUUUCUUCUGCGUUCAUCCAUCUGGGCUCGAUGAAUUUCAAAAUUGGGCUGGUUGGUUUAGUACAGGCAACAACAUGAAGCAAUUAUGUGAUGGAUUACAGAAACCUAAAGAUUUAUACGAUGGGAUUCCUUCCACUUUUCCUGGAAUCAAACAACAAUAUAUGAAUGGAUUCAGAGCUAGAAUUGCUGCAUUAAGACCUCAGGGUCCUAUAGCAACUAGAUUCUUAUCCAAGAACUUGACUGUGCUUGUUGUUGGCGAAUCGGUGUUCGUUCAUGGAGGGAUUUUACCUGAACAUGUUGAUUAUGGAUUGGAACGGAUUAACGAAGACGUAAGGGAUUGGAUUACUGGAUCGAGAGAAACUGUAUCUUCGGAUUUAGUCAGGACCAGAAACUCUCUUCUUUGGCUUAGAAAAUUUUCUAAUGAAACGGCCGAGGAUUGUGACUGCAGUUUGCUGGAACAUGCACUUUCGACGAUUCCAGGUGCACGGAGGAUGAUCAUGGGUCAUACGAUUCAAAGGGGUGGUAUAAAUGGGGCGUGCAAUAACCGAGCCAUAAGGAUUGAUGUGGGUAUGUCGCAGGGGUGCAUUAACGGUUUGCCGGAGGUUCUAGAGAUUAGUGAGGAUUCUGGUUUGCGAAUCUUGACGUCAAACCCAUCGGAUCAUCAGAACCGGCAUGAUUUGCUGAUUCCUGAGCAACAUGGACCUCGAGAAGUGGAAGUGCAGGCUUAAUUCUGUUUGUGAACCCAAGAAAACUAGAAAGAUUGUAAUCAUAGCUAAUAAAGUUUGGAUCUUGAUUGAAUUAAAUUUUGUUGUUUG